AUGUGGAGUGAAGUAAAGAUUGUACAUGGUAAACCACGCCAUAGUCAGUCUCAAGGAUCAGUAGAAAGGGCUAAUAGGGACAUAGAGGAAAUUUUGUCUGCGUGGAUGGAAGAGAACAAUUCAAAGGAUUGGCCCAACGCCUUAGAUAUCGUUCAAUUCCGUAAAAAUCGAUCGCUUCACUCAGGAAUAGGUCGUUCGCCUUUUGAGGCGAUGUUUGGUUGCUUUGCACAAGUCGGACUUUUAUCAAUUGGAAUUCCUGAAUCAGAAAUUAAUAAUAUCAAUACUGAGGAAGACAUCGAAAGGAUUUGCGCGGAAAAUGCGGAUAAUGAAAUCACAACAAGUGUGACUGACACACCUGUAACAACAGAAACAAAUUUAGAGUUUCCGAAUAUUGAAAGCACUGUUCAAAGUAAUCACAUUUCUAACACAGUCACAGAUACUCCGAAUGCCACAGACGACUUUCAAGUUCCUUCUACAUCCCGCCAAGACUCAAAUUUGGACUUAUCUAUGCCUGAGACUCCAAUAAAAAAACGACUUCGAACCAUUUCGGAAAACAGGGAAAAUGCAAGAGAGAUCUUGGGAAGGCAAGCAAUAAAAAUGUUGAAGUUAUCUGCUCAAAACCUAACGACUGUUUCCAUUGGGUCUACGGUUAAAAUACCAAUUCCUGAUGUGGACAGGGCUAGGGGUACACCACGAAACGUUUUAGCAGCAAUUAUUAACAUUGACAAUGAUUAUUACACUCUGGGAAACGAGCACGGAACUCUAAAUAAGAAAUACGUGCGAAGCGAAUUUUAUAAAUGCGACGCAAACCUAAUUAUGGUUGAAGAUGUUUUGUGA